AUGGAUCUUAUUGCUGUUGCUACUACUACAUCUGGUAUAGCUGCUUCCAUUAUGCCUGGUGGGCGCACCGCACAUUCUAGGUCCAAAAUUCCAAUGAAGCUGAGUGACAAUACUAUGUGUAGCUUUACAAAGCAAAGUGGCACAACGGAGUUGCAUAGAAGGGCAUCUAUGAUAAUAUGGGAUGAGGUUGCAAUGACUAAGAGGCAGGCAAUUGAGGCUCUUGACAGGUCGUUGCGGGAUAUAAUAGGCUGUGAGAAGCCGUUUGAAGGGAAGAUUAUGUUGUUACUGUCACAGGUUCUUCCUGUGGUGCCCCGUGGUAUGAGAGCCAAGAUCACAGAUGCAACCUUACUGAGGUCAUACAUAUGGGAAAGUGUUCGGCGGAUCAGGUUGGAGUAG